CAGCCUACAUCGAAGGGAAAUUAAUCGUAUUGUUAGCCUAUGGCACUGUUGCGGCGGUAAAAUAUACCUAAUAGCCCAACAUUGAGACCAUGUUAAAACAGGACAACAGGGUAGGCUAACACAUCUGCCAACUUUUUAAGACACGCCACCACUACUACGACGCCAGCCAUCCAUGCCUCUCUAAAACGAGUCUGAGAUGAUAUAGGCCUACAGACUCUUUGGGAUAUUUCACUAAAAUUCCGCUUAGCCUAUGAAAGAAAUACGCAUAGAAGUUACACAACUCAAAACAGUCGCGGGACUGAUACUUUCAAACCAUUUCAUGUCUCGAUCUAAACUGCCUCCUGCGUUAUUACAAAGUCACAUCAUUUCCCUGUUUGUAUCCCUCCCCUUACCAAGUGUCAUAUGAAGGGACCUCCUCAUUUGGGUUCCAGGUUUUUACGUUGGCGAAUCACAUAGUGUUGGAAUCUAUUGCCUUUGUCUGACAAGUCAUCCAUCUCUAUGCAAGGGGGACUGUGCGGGGGAGGGGGGACUGCAGCUUUUAGAAACAGACACAUGAAGAGGGGUUUCAUUCUCAACUCAAGCUUCUAACAGGCACAUCCCAUUCCGGAGGAGAGGGGGACCGCAAACCACAAUCGGCGUGUCCAUGUUUUCCCUGUCAUCUUUACACAUACCUGAUCAUACUCGAGCGCUACCAAGUACGUUAACAAUCGAGGAAUUUUCUACUGCAGCUGCGGACGGGGACAGUUGAAGAGACAUUGCAUUCAAUCCUUAUUACUACUUUUAGUAGGCUAUGCUGUUGAAUGAUAUUUAGACCACGUCUUGCGAAUGUUGCUGCAAUGUUGUAGAGACAAGUGAUGGUCAUGACCAUACCCUGACAAAACCGUAAAUUUACGCCGAAGGAACUGAACAGCAAGAUCAACUUCUCGACAUUUUCAAGAAGUUACUUUGCGAGUUGCUGGAGGCAAACUCUUUCCAGACGGAUAGAUUUUUAAAUUUCUGCUCAAAGCUGCAUUACACAGGCGACACGGCGACCUCAGUCGACUACCUUUCCCUCCUUUGCUAUCCAAUGGAUAUUCAUUGCAAAGCAGACCCCUUCUCGGCGAUGCACCUAUCCCAUAUAGGGCAUGGGGGUGUAAACCAGCUAGGGGGGGUGUUUGUGAAUGGCAGACCCCUACCUGAUGUUGUGAGGCAAAGAAUUGUGGAGCUGGCGCACCAAGGGGUCAGACCUUGUGACAUCUCCAGACAACUCCGGGUCAGCCAUGGUUGUGUCAGCAAAAUCCUUGGCAGAUACUAUGAGACCGGCAGUAUUAAACCCGGAGUUAUCGGGGGCUCUAAACCAAAAGUGGCAACUCCCAAAGUUGUGGACAAAAUUGCAGACUACAAACGGCAAAAUCCAACAAUGUUUGCCUGGGAAAUACGGGAUCGACUUUUGGCCGAGGGUGUCUGCGACAAUGACACUGUACCUAGUGUGUCAUCCAUCAACAGGAUUAUACGGACCAAAGUUCAGCAGCCUUUUCAUACAUCGCCGGACGGAACAGGAACUCCCCUCAGCACCGCAGGCCACACCAUAGUCCCCAGCACUGCCUCACCCCCAGUGUCCAGUGCCUCGAAUGACCCAGUCGGCUCCUACUCUAUCAAUGGCAUUCUGGGAAUCCCCCGUUCCAACGGAGAAAAGAGAAAACGAGAGGAUGUUCUCUGGAGUGGCAACCUGGAUGGGAGGAAAAUAGGAUAUUAUGGUUCUGAUGGGUCGGGGCCAAACAGCGAUUCUCAGGGCAGCGUGGAGAGUUUACGGAAGCACCUGAGGGCGGACGCGUUCACCCAACAGCAGCUGGAGGCUCUGGACCGGGUGUUUGAGCGGCCAUCUUACCCAGACGUCUUCCCCUCAUCGGAGCACGUCAAACCAGAGCAGGCUAACGAAUACUCACUACCAGCACUGAACCCCGGACUGGACGAGGUCAAGCCCAGUCUGUCGACCAGCGCCAGCUCUGACCUGGGCUCCAGUGUGUCACAAAGCUACCCUGUAGUGACAGGUCGUGACAUGGCGAGCACCACUUUACCGGGAUACCCUCCCCAUGUACCCCCCACCGGCCAGGGCAGCUACCCCACUUCAACCCUUGCUGGAAUGGUGCCUGGAAGUGAUUUUUCUGGAAAUCCGUACUCCCAUCCACAGUAUACAACAUACAAUGAAGCAUGGCGGUUCAGCAAUCCAGCAUUACUAAGUUCCCCUUAUUAUUAUAGUGCCGCAUCCCGGGGCUCCGCGCCGCCCACUGCUGCCACUGCGUAUGACCGCCACUAGUUACCAUGGAAACCAAAUCAAACUGAAGGACCAUGGCGGAGGCCUCCAUAUCGCACCAGUCUGAAUGGUGUUAAAGACAAAGACAAUGGCUCCAAAAGUAACCAGUUCAAGGGGGAAACCGCUGGAUCAAGGGGAUCAGCUGAUGAUGGAGAUCCACACCCACUGAAGUCCCCUCCCCGGACCUGCAGAGCACUCAAAACAUCAGGCGCCGUUCUCGUUUUCAACGAAGACCUGACGAUUUCCACAGGGAACUUUGAAAGAGUAUAUAAAUAUAUAUAUAUAUAUAUAUAUAUAUAUAAAUAUAUAUAUAUAUAAAACACACUAUAAGAAAAAGUGAAGACAGUGUGAAGAUUACAAAGUAACAAUUGAUGUGUUUUUAAAUGGUUUUCUUUGCUAUUUCUUCUCAUGAAUCAACACAUUCCUGACCAUGACUAACAUCAACUUAUCGAUGCUUAUUGAGGCCUGUGCCGGCUCAUGCCAAUGUCCCACUACUAUAUGAAGAACCCCACACAGUACCCCACAGCAGUCAUAUGCCAGAACAGUACAGAGACAGUAACUUACAGGGCUGCACACAUGUACUGCUCUCACCGUGCCCAUGCAGAAAAACACAAUGUGCAAGUGUGAGUCUGAAACAACGGACAUGAACUUUCUGUGAUACACAAU